UUAGCACACUUAGAACUGCCGCAGGCUAGUCGAGCGUGCAAUCAACUUAUUCUCAUGCAAAUCGUAUCAAAUUGUUCUCCUCUGUGAUAGGAAGACACGUGGAACUCGCGAUCAAAUAGAAAAUACAAGACUGGAAUGAUAGAGUAGUGAUUGCCAUCGUUCUAGAUGUGUUUCCGGUAGAAAGAGGCUGUUGGGGAAGCAUUUCAAAUACUUAACUUCAGUCCAUUAGGAAAGAGUCAGCACCACUCUGUCAUAAUCCAUGAGUGCUUUGCGUUCGCAUGAUAAUUUCGGUCUUGAGGAUCAGAACAACAACACAGAACAACAUUUAGAAGCUAUACAGGUUUCGCGCUCCCUACGGACUUUGGAUUGUUUUCAUGUGCGAAUCUAAGAGCUGGAAGUCGAAAGUAAAUAUCAGCAGGGUCGUCCGGGAGAGGAUUAAAUCAGUUGGCACGCAGGAUUGAGUGAAAGGUUCAAACGCUUCAAGGUUUUUCCGUUGGCGCUUACAAGGCGAACAAUAAUAACACAACUCGCGCCAUGUUUAACUCCGUGGUUUUCUACGUUCUUUCAGGGAGAUCUUGUUGUGCCUAUAGCUGUUGCUAUCAAGAUAUCUGAGUCGUGGCGGUUACGGAUUUUUUUAGACGAACUUGACACAAGUUUGACCGAGUUUCUUAAGUGGUUUUCAGUUUUACACUGUCGUGCGCGUCUCACACGAAAGAACAAAACAACCCGAGUUCACACCAAGCUGUUAGAAUCACAGAACAAUCACCGAACAAUCACUUUACGAGAAGCGAGCGAAAUAAGUAAGGGGACUGUCUAGUAGAGUUUCAUCCAUGACGGCGGUACAAUGAGGGAUGGAUGGGCAUGCUACCUGCUUCUUCUCGGCUCUCUUUCAUCGAUUUGCUACGGUGAGUUUCCUGACGUGGCAAAGGCGGGCAAGAACAGUGUAUUCGCCAGAGUAUCCACAAUUUCCUCAGUAUUGAGUGGGGAUGUUAACAUCACAUUCUACAUACCCAAGCAACUCGUAAACUCUACAGCUCCGCGAAAACUCGUAGUACACGUUUUAAGCGAUCAAUGGAAAGAGAGACUUCGAACCUUUAAAAUACCAAUAAUUUCUACUGAACUAAAGCUACGGGUGCCGUGCGACACCUUCGAUCAUGCUGCUACAUACACCUUCAAAUAUCGUGUCUCUAACAACGGGCCGACCGGUUUAUUGAACGAAAGCAUGGCUAUAUCCUGGGGCAAUACUAGGAUCGAGGCGCCCCGGAAUCACACAACACUCACGAGAUUCGGUUCUAUUUGGAUCUACCACGACAGAGUCUGUCUACCUAGAUCACGGCAGUACCGAGAUCAGGUAAACUUGUACUUUGUUCACGACAAGAAACGCAUCUUGAUCACACAGAGGAACGUAAGGAAACUCAGGAAUGGUAAACAGAGCGGUAGUCAGAACAGAAUCCGGCUGAUGUUUAGUUGUGACCUGUUUGAUACUCAGGGCGUUUAUUACUUUGAGUACGUCUCUGGGUUCAGCAAUAAGACGCUAUCCACGAGUUCUCCGGUGAGCGUAAGAUGGAGCAAGCACGAGUUGACAACGCCGCACAAAUCUAUCCUGCCUUGCUCAGGUUCAUUCUCUAUCUCAUUCGCGGCCCCCGAGUGCCACAAAACUACAGACACUAUCAAAGUUUACGAGCAACUUUCGAGAAAAUAUAUAACUGAGCGACCCGCACUACCCGGGCAAACGGCGGUGUUUCUACCAUGUACUUUAUUCAACGAUUACAUCAAGGGAUACUGUUUUCGCUACACUACAAUAUCGAGUCUUACGGGGAAGGAAACUGUGCAGUCUUCUUUAUGCGUCUCAACCCUUGGACCAGGCAAGUCUAUCUAUGACGGGUGGAGUCAGUGGUCUUUCUGGAACCUCUGUUCAAGCUCCUGUGGCCAGGGACGAAGAUAUAGGUACAGGUUUUGCCUGAGUUUGACCGCCUCUGGAGAUCAGAAGAAAGACUGCGUUGGGAAAUCUGUCAUGUGGGAGCCCUGUGCACUCAGACCCUGCCCCGAGACUCGCAACAGAUGUGCAUGUGGCUGUCGCCUGACGGAGCAAGAGGGAAUGAUCACGUCAUCUCCUCAGCUCUUUAAAAAACCAAACCGAUCACAGUGCACAUGGGUAAUCAACAUUCAGGGCGGGAAAAAAGUCAAGCUCUGGUUUGACGCACUCAAGCUCGAUGGCGACUACAUCUUCGUUCGCGACGGAAACGACUCGAGCGCCGAUCUAUUGGCGAAGAUUAAACGAGACGACUACGACAAACCGAUCAUCUCGAGCGGUAACAGCAUGUACUUGUACUAUUACCACGUUGGGAAGUGGAUUAACGGAACCAGACGGGGAUUCACAGCGUCCUACACUGCUGAAGUAGGACCUCCCGCUGUGAGUCUGGGUACAAUCACACGCACUCUUGGAAGCGCUGAGAUCUCCUUCCUCGCCAUCUUUAUAGUCGGUGUCCUUGUCAUGGGAGGCCUGUUGUUAACCGUCUUCAUGAAACUGCGCCGCCAGCAUGUCUUUCCUCCGUCCAGCGGUAGCUCAACGACUUCGGAAUCCACCAUACGUUCCACAGGCCCCCCGUCACCCCUAGAAGACGAAGCAUCGAGCAACGAACCCCUUAAGGGUGGCGAUAGAAACGCGCGCAAAAAGCCUGCGAAAUCCAACCAAGACCGGAAGCGACGUCAUAAAGAAAGACGAACGCAGAUGAACGAAAGGCUGUGUUGCGAGAGUACUCCGUUACCGCGUUGUACGUGCGCACAGACGGAAUUAGAAUCCGGGUCGAACUCACUGAGUGACGGGUCCCCGCAAAGACGGAAUAGCGGGGUUUACAGAACGCUGGAGAGAACGGUCGAGGAGUGUGAGUGCCCGCAAUGCGUGAGACAACAGCAGGACUACUACCUCCACGAACAUUUUGGCUCGCCCGAGAAAAAAUACUACGGAGACUGGAUGCAUAAUGAGUCUUUCCAGGAACCCAUACUAGUGGAAAUGCCGAGACCUGGAAACUACAGAAGGUCGUUUCCGCAGUAUGUAUAGUUUACUCCCUGAGUAAACCUAGGCACCCUGGGUUACUGAGCCUCGGAUUCAUGCCCGAAGUGGCGCAUGGGAUUCCCUCGCACUGUGCUGAAUUCAAGGCUUGGUUUCCCAGGCUUUAAAUUUUUUUACGAGAAGUAAAUGUUGUAGAUUUUAAGAGACAGUCGCGCGAUUUUGUGAUGUUAGGUGGCAACAGGACGUAAUGCGACGACACGUGAGUUUCCAUUCGCGUGGUAUUUGUCUUAAUCCUUUCUCUCCAAAUCUGACCAGCUCCUAAAUUCAGCUUUUUUCAAGAGUCUGUAUAAUGAUCAUUCUUUGAACCAUCCAAAUCUUUAUCUGAAUUUUCAACCAAUGUUCGCAUGUUGAUGCAGUAAUGAGAGUAAUUGGGGCUGUUUUUGACUUUGGAGUGGAAAGGGUUAAGCGAUUUUGUCCCGCAGCGCGGGAUGGGAACGUUGCAGAAUCUUAUAAUGGCACCUUGCUGUUAAAUUCCCUGUCAAGCCCACCACAAUAAGCAAAUACUGUCUCUCUAAACAACACGACAAAGCCAAGUUAUCAAAAUGGGGCUAAAUUAUCGGAACUCAGUGCCCGCGUUUUUGUAAAAAAUAAUUAAAUAGGAACAAAGACAAUACGAAUAGUUUUCUCACCCGCGACUUGAUCCAUCAUGUGGCGUUAGUAAAAGAGAAAUAUAAUAAUUUAUAAGAUUUUUUAAACAGAGAUUUAAAAUUUAUAUGCAAAAUCCACACAUCACCGUAAUGUUGAAAACCGAGAAAAGGUAGUUAAUCUAGACGUAGGUACGUAUAAAGUACUUUAGUUAGAUAUGAAGAUAACAUUGUUCAAAAGAUAUGACGGGCCCUGCUCUGUGAAACGAACUUUUCGCAUCACGUCUUUUUAAACUUGAUUGUAAAGCUCGCUUCUGGCUCAGCCUCCCGCCAUAUUUUUUGGAUCGAUUCUUUUCGGUGCUCGUAUUAUGGCUUGCCAUCGUUAAAUCACGGACACGUAAACACAUAACGGGCACGACACACAACGCAUCACACCAACACAACCGGCAAGUCCGGGUGAGGCUCCGAAUGGAGGUAAUUUAAAGGCGGGUUAUUCCGUAGUAUUCAACGUGUUUGUCGCGACAAAUAGCUUUAUUUAUUGAAAUCAAUUAAACCUGGCGCCAUUCCGGCCAGAUGGAAUUUCUUUAAUAUAAGAUUUAGAACUGUACAUAGAACGGAUAUAAAUUUUUUAGAAUGAAA